CUGGCUUUUACCGUUUCCACUUCAUGAGAGGGAUUUUGGACGUGGAAGGCGCGGCCUACAACCAGUUUACCCGGAAGGAGUUCUACGUGGAAAUAGGCUUGCAGUACUUUGGAAAAAGAUCCCUAAGCGAGGUAUGAUAUAGCUGAGGAAAAGGCACAACCGGGACACAAGCUGAUGAAGGAUCGCUGUUGCCACAAAUAUUCACCGACACAAGGAUCAUGAAGCAGUAGCAGCAGACUCAAUGUUGCAAUCCAACAAGCUGAAGUCACACCUGCGAAUCUACCAAUGCUGCUGACUAACCACACCGUUUGACCCACGCACGAAGAACUGAGUUACAUACCUGAGGACCUUGACAGGGACAGCCGGUAUAGAGGAAGAAAACGGAGACAAAAGGGCACAACAAUUGUCUGAUCAACAACAAUAAUGGCCGCCAUGAAGACAACCACUACGAGAUGCAGUCCCAGGGCAGCACUUCCUCCCAGCCCUCCUUCGACUCCCUGAGCUCCAGCGACAGCCUCCUUCUCAGCGACUCCGACGACACCGAUGUCUUCCUGACGGACAGCUGCUCCUCGGCCGUCCUCGACGCCGCGGGCGGCUCCUCGGCCCGGGCGUCGGAGAGCCCCGGGUCGCAGUGGGCGUGCGACGGCUUCACCGACAAAGAGGAGGAAGAGGAGGUGGCGUACGGGACGGGGAACAAGGCGGCGCACAACGCACGUCCUACGGGUCAGGUUCCCAAAUCCCAGCGUGAUCUCCUGUUUGCUCAGAAGUGUGCUGAGUUGCAGGGUUUUGUCAGACCUCUGCUGCAGCUGCUGAAUGGACUAAAGAAGGGGCGAUUCGACCGUGGUCUGAGUAGCUUCCAGCAGAGUGUUGCCAUGGAUCGAAUCCAGAGAAUCGUGGGUGUUUUACAGAGACCAAACAGCGGAGAGAAGUACCUCAAAACUCUGCUGCAGGUGGAGAUGAUGCUGAAGCUUUGGUUUCCUCAAAUCACAAGUCCGCCUGCGUCGUCCGCCUCCAGCCUGGCGUCCUCCCCCGCCCGCUCUCUCCAAGACGCGCCGGUCACCACGCCCGUCACCACGCCCGUCACCACGCCGCCGCACAAGCACAGGGAUCAGUCGCAUAUUCCAGUGAAGAAACGCAGACUCAGCUGGACGGGGACAGACUCUCCAACGACGUCUCCAGGGCUGCCCAAGUGCCCUCGUCUCAGUCCCGAAGAGAAGACGACGACCGAAAAGCAAGACGGGGGUGAAGAAGACGUCGGCCGCCGCCCUUCUCCCGCUCCGCCGUUACUGUCUUCACCAGACAUGAGUAGCAACGCCAAGAGGAACAAAAGCGACGGCAAGUUCAAAGCGUGCCGGGGGUCGGAGCCCAGCCUCACGUGGAUGCACGUCGCUCCCAUCCUGUCCCCGCGCAAGACCUGUCCCUCCCACGAGGGCACGGCGGCGGCGGCGGCUCGUGGCGAUGACCAGCCGGUCCCGGCCGGCAGCAGGGGCGGCCCGGCCACGCAGGACAGCGCCGUCUCCUCCACCACGCCCUCCAAGCACACCAAGAGUCUCAAGAAAGUCGCCCGGUGCCAAAGCCAGCCUGCCGAGCCCCCUAGCGAGACACAGACUUGUCCGGGUCGAAGCCCGUCCAGCCAAGUCGCGGUCAAGCCUCUGACCCGGCACUCGCACGUAUGAGCACACGCAGCUGCAUUUCUACGCACUUCCUGUGAGCAAAGACGGGAGGAGACCAGAGGCGCUGAAGAAAGAGUGGAUAAUCACAAUUCUGUAAAAAAAAAAACGAAGCAAGCAAACUCCUGUAGCUCAAUUGUCAAAGCAAUCAGCACACACCACUUCCUGUCUGGAGAGGAAGUAACUGAGCAUGAUGACGAUGGAGCAAGUGGGGACAAAAAAGAAGUGAACAUUGGUGUACAGUAGGUGUCAGGUGGGAAGAAAAAAUGAUGUCAUCAACUGACGAAUGUAAUCCAAGAAGAGUUGGGGCGGCGGUGAGGAAUCCUAAAGACCCCCGCAGUUAAUUUAUUCCUACGUUGAUCCGACACUGCAUUUAUUUAUUCUUUGUAUUUAUUUAUCAGGCAGCUGAGUAUCGCCCGCUGUGCGCAAAACACAAACAGCGAGGCCAUCAACCUUUUUUUUUUUUGAAUGAUUCAUAUUAUUAUCCACAUUGUUGACAACUUUUAUUCCUAUCAUUCUUGGGACAAAAAAUGUAAAGGAAAUGUUUUCACUGAACUGUUGGACUACUGUGCCUUUUUACCAAAUAGGAUGUGUUGUUUUAUUUUGUUUUGUUUUUUAAGAAACAAUUGGUGCUUUCAGUACAUUCUUGCUGCAUUCUGAUUGUUUGCUCGCUUUGAACAUUUCUACCUAGCAUCGAGUUAGCAGCACGCUAGCCGGCUCUCACGCCCGGGCUGUCCUGCUAGCCUUUUUUUUUGUUUUGUUUUGUUUCUUUUUAAAAUUUCUCCUCUCGGUUUCCGACCCGUAUCCAGGGACGGCAACGAGGAGCUGCACUCAAGGCGGGUGCGCUGUGAAAACUUGAAACGCCAACAAUUCGGGUGAGGGGAAAUGUUGACUUGCACCACCACCCUCUCGCUGCUGCUAUUCUGCAUUUGUAACGCCGGCCUAAAUGAUAGGAGGUUCAUUUUUGACGUUUGAAAGUGUAGUGCGGCCAACAAGACGGCAAAUAACGACAACCUGAUGCAAAACGUGUCGUUAAUCAUUUUGACAAAACUCUUUUUCGAUGGGUAUGCGUGCUUCUUCAUACACGAGGUAAAAAAGCCUCCAUGCGACCACUUUUUUCAUGUAUUUUUUUAAUUUUUUUCCUCAAUAAUUUUUUAUGUCAUUUUAAACUCUUAUGUCGAUUUUAAAAAGUGUUAUUUUAUUUUACUCGUAUUUAAUUUUAGCUAAGCCUUUCAUGACUCCGGAGUCAAACCCAUGUCCAAACAAGGCGAUUGGAUGCAGAAUAUGCUGACUCGUCAAUAGAGAGUGUGUGUGUGUGUGUGUAUGUGUGAGGGUGGGAGUGUGGUGGGGUCCGCUUCCACCACGCCCAUGUUUUUUUACGGCCAAGGUGUGACCGAUUGCACAUACUUUUUGUUGUUUUCCAUGUACGUUUUCUACUUUAUGGACUGUGGUUGGAAGGAUUUGGGAAUUUUGCUGUAGCCUUCCUCUUCUCCUACUGUUCAACUGCACCCUUCCCCCACUGGUCUUUGACCCUCCCCCCCCCUUUCAGCUCCUUCAAUCUUCUUAGUUUUCUUACACUAAACUCUUCACUUGUUACUCUUCUGGCUACUUUUUUCAGUAACCAUAGAAACGAAGAAGGUUUUUUUUUUUUAAAUAAGUAAUAAACAUGUUUUUUCAAAGAUGAA